CGCGCACACACAGCGUCUUGCAAACACGAACGACUCGACGCCGGCGCCGACGACACGCGCCGAACGACGACCGCCACACAGCUUGGAGCGCGACGAGCGACAAUCCAUACCCACCGACUUCAGCGGUCAAGAAUCAGCAAAGAGAAAAGACUCCAUGUGCGCGCUGCACAAUGUCCAGACUCCUGGCUGUGGACUUAACUAUUUUCCUUGAGCCGCCAGUUUCCUGAGAGUCUGUUUCGGUAGAUCUGCUACAUACACAACCACAUCAGAACUUACCGUUUGGCAAGCCCUGCGCUCGCCGACACUCAGGAAAUAGCGGCUCUCGGACUCUGUGUUCACCAAUUGAGCGCCCGCUUGUUUCUGGAAUCCCUACGUUUGGCACCAUGACAUCCUCUGCUGCGCCGAACGCGGCCGACAUCAAGAAGGAGAAAUUGUCCUUCGCAAAGAUUGCGGCGGCUGGAAUUAAACCACCAAAUCCUCAACAGAAUUCUCACAACAACCCUUCCGCCAAACAGAAACACGACAUAACUUCUGCGCCGCGAGACGGGAUCACUGUCUCCCCUCCCAGCGGAGUUGCUCUUCCCCAGAGUAUGCUCAAGCCGAAGAAGCUCGUCCAACUUGCUUCUCGAGAAGCCAAGGAUUCACCUUGCGAUCCAGCCCAUCGACCACAAGUUCGUGUCCAGCUAGCAGAUCAACAGCCAUUGCGGCCGACAGGACAGACCUCGGAAGGCUCUUGCACGCCUGCGCACGCCGAUGAUGCUUCUUCGAGCGACUCGAACAAGCCACUGAGCAUGGAUGGUAAAAGCGUCGCAUCGGGCACAACAUUCAACGCAUUGGACGAGAAGGAGUCGCUUCGCCCAGACGAUAGCGCCAGCGUCAAAGCUGUUGAGGAUGAAGAUUUGUACUCAGCGCCUGGCUCAGGCAUGCCAUCGCGAGGCGGCUCAGAUGAUGGCGCUCGUGCUUUUCGGGACCAGCUUUUGGAGAUCUCGGCAAUACGAGGAGGACCGCCACCAUCGUAUGGAAUCGCACCAAAAGGUGUCCUGUACGUGCCCCCUCACGGUCCUGGAGUUGGUGCUGUGCCUGCAGCCACACACGGAAGGGGUAUCACGAACCCCACACUUGAGUGCCGACCCGAUCAGAAAUUGCUUGAUGCGCUGGAUCAUCCGCAAGAUCGUGUAUGGGUCCUGAAAUUGGAACAAGAUGUCCUUGACUUUGUGAAAGAUGCUAAGGAGUCCUCGUUGACCCUGCCGCAAUGCCACUCCUUCUACCGACUACUUGCGCACAAGAUGGCAGACUAUUAUAUGCUUGGACACAUCAUUGACGACUCCAACGCCGCGGUCCGUUUAUACAAAACGCCCAACUGCAGAAUUCCUCCCCCUCUGACGGGCAUCACUGCGCCUUCCACUGCAGCGAGCACGCCGCCGCCAAUGGUACCUGCGAUGAAGAUCUUGCGUCGUGGCGACCCAGAUGCUCCUGUUAUUACCAGUGGCCCUGGAAUGCGUACCAAAAACGGCUCAGACGGCGAGAGUGGAGACGACAAGAAGAAGGGUCCCAAGACGCGUGAGGAGCGAGAGGCCAGAUACGAGGCAGCACGAUUGCGCAUCAUGGGAUCGGCAAAGCCUCUAGAAUCCCCAGAGACGCCCAAGGAGAAGCAAGACUCAAGGUCCAGCUCCGCUGCCGGAAAGAAGCACAAGAAGAAAGCUCGAGCCGAUGACGACGAUGGAUUUGAAGCUCGUUCUGCGUACAGUAACUUCUUUACCGCGUACGGGUCGGAUGGUGUUCCUGCGCCUGCUUAUUCCUAUCCCCAAGUGAACGAACAAGCUGCAAACCAGUUCCAGGCCAUAUAUGGACAACAGUCACAGACUGGACCAUUCACUCAACCGAUUGCGUCAGUGGCUGGCAAUAUGCAAUGGAAUCAGCAGCCAUACCAGAACGUCGAUCCAACUCAAGCAUGGGCGCAGGGUCAAACAGGACCAUAUGAUUUGUCUGCGGACUUCCAACGCAUGUCGGUCCAAUCUCAGAUGCCACCUCAGCAGAGUCACAAUAUGACGCAUGGUCAAGGCUAUGGAUCGAAUUAUGGUCAACAAUACUUCUCACCUCAGCAGAAUUGGCAACAGCAGCAGCAGCAGCCACCACAAACACAACAGUAUCCGGGUCCCGCGCAAAGCCCGUCGUCUGGCUAUGGUUACGGGGCUAACUUCCCUCCACCGACAAACUCCUCGCCUGAACAGGGUUAUCAAUUUGGUCAACUACCAAGUCAAGCAUUUCCAGGCCGACCUGCCAAUAUGAAUGAACAUCCACUGCCGGGGAGCUACAAGGGCAAGAACUUCAACCCACAGAGCCAGACCUUUGUGCCAGGACAGCCUAAUGGCAGUCCUGUCACUCCGCAAGGUAUACCAAGUACGCCUGGUGGCUUCCGUCAGCCAUUCCAAGCGCAUUCGCCGGUACAACUCGCCCGACAUGCUUCUGCACAGUCUCAGGCAUCAUCAUUUGGGUCCCCACACCAGCCCCAGCAGCAUCUAGCCCCACCUCGCGCAAUGGGACAGCCUCUCGUGCACCCUCUGCCACAAGGUCCCGUAUUUCCACGACAAACAUCGCCCAGCGUUCCCCUGCCUGCCAAGCCUGGCUCUGGUCAGCAAUACCAAAUUCAAAUGCCCAUGCAGGCUCCCGCUGCCCAUGCCGUCCAAGCGCAAAGUCUGCUUGCGAAAUGGGGCACUCCUUCAUCGCUUCCUGCGAAGCCACCACCAACUCGAGAGCAUUUUGAUUCCCAGAAGAUGUCACACAUACAGCGGCAGCCUUUCAAUUCUGCUGCAGCUGCACCUCGUCAACCGGGGGGAUUUUCGCCGUACAGCAUGUCUCCAGGACAUCUUGUCAAUGGUGGUGGAGUCUACAAGGGAUAAAUAUGGUCGUGCCCCAGUGUGCCCACAAUGGUGUGACGGCGGGCUCUCAUCUGCAUUUAGAUGAGUCUCUCUCAUGGAACACUGAUGGUGGUGGAAGCUCAUGCUAGUGGCUCUCAGAUGUUGCUUAGCCUUUUGACAUAGCAUACCAUAGACUACGAAAAAAGUUUGAUC